AUCCACUGGGUUUUCCCACCAAGGUCGACAUAGCCUCCACCUCCUCCUCCUCCUCCUCGAGCUACUGCGACGCACAGCCGCUCACACUCCUCCUCGAGUGUGUAGUCGCAAGACACACUUCUCACUCGGUUCCUGAACUCUCGAACACGAGGUGUUUGAAGCCAUGAGUAGUUUCCUGAAAGCGAGGUUGUGGUGGCUCGCCCUUUUGGCCGCGGUCGGAGAAUCCGCCGUUAGUGGCCUGUCGCAGCCUCCCCAACAGCGCCUCGACGUCUCUGCGCCGACGACCUCACUCGCCGGCGACGCUCUGCAGAGGCUGGCGGAGAUCUCGAGGUCCGUCUGCCUCCAAAAUCCGAAUCUCGUGGGAUGCCACUUCGCAGACGGCUCUCUGGGCGGAGGGGUUAGCGAGAACACGGUGUCCCGGCUGCAGUCUGCGGACGGUGUCUCAGAUCUGGCGUCCUUGUUCAUCCUACACAUCUCUUAUAUUCAAGAGCAGUACAUGAAUAUGGUUAGCGAGCGAGACGAACUGAAAGAAAAAGUGAGAGCGCUCGAGGUCCUCAACCUUCAGCUUAUGGAACCAAACCUGACAGAUACAAAACUGUCCGAAAUCAGCGAGGCACUUGGCAGGGCUUCCAUAGGCCAGAGAAACGUCUAUUCCCCGACGGCCAUUUUGUUAAGGUCUGUACUAGCACGUAAGACCAGACCAACGGACUGCGCCGACCACCUCCUCCUCGGACACACCAGCAGCGGCGUCUACGAGAUCUUCCCCUUCAAGUGUCGGUGCAGCGAGCCCGUCAAGGUCUGGUGCGACAUGGAAACCGAAGGCGGAGGCUGGACCGUCUUCUUCGCUCGGGACAACGGGACGAACCGCGAGCUCUUCAACCGGACGUGGUACGAGCACCAGGGAGGCUUCGGGAACGCCAGCACGGAGUACUUCGUGGGUACCGAGAAUCUGCACCUGUUGACCACCAACAAGAACUACAGACUCCGUGUCGAGUUCGACCUCGCUGACGGCACGCACAAGUUCAGCGAGUGGGACACGUUCCUGGUCUGGGACUUGGCAAAUAAGUAUAAGCUCUCCAUUGGCGGGUUUCUACCCCACAGCAUGACAACUGACUGUCUUUCGAGUCAAAAUAAUAAUAUGUUCUUUUCAUCAUUUGACUAUGAUAACGACAGAAACAACGGCAACUGCGCCAGCACCUAUAAGACCGGCUGGUGGUACAAACUCCUGCGGCUUGUUCACGCCAGGGUACGUCCUGGACAGCGGGACCAUCCAGACCCACUGCCCUUACCUCGUCAAUGGGAAGAAGGCGAACAUCGAGGCCACAAAAGUGCAGCUGAAAAUCAGGCCCAAAGUGUGCGGGAAGAGAGAGCAUUCGGCCCACUUCAACACGCACACUUGCAAGGAAUAUAACUUCUCGCCGUAGGUUUGGAAAGGGGAAAAGCCAUGAAAGCCAAAUCCCCGGGCUGACCACCUGCAGUCACGCUCUUGGCCGCCGCUGUGACGCCGGGAAGCACAGCAAGCCUUUUCGAAGCCAGUGUGCGUGGGUUUCCCGGGCGUAAGAAUGAUUAUGAUUGUAAUUAAUGUGAUGGGUCAUUAGCGAAUGUAAAAUUAAGAUAGUGCUUGAUGGUUCUGAAAUGCUGUAGGUAUUUAUUAGCAAAUCACCAAAGGAUGAUAGAUUACACUAUUCUGGUGCUGCAACUGUGUCUAUAUUUGCAUAUAUAUCUAUAUCUCUCUAUCUAUCUAUCUAUCUAUAUCUAUGUAUGUAUCUAUCUAUCUAUCUAUCUAUCUAUCU